AAGAUCGCGCCGACAUACAUUAGAGAAAGCUAGCGACGACGCUGCUGCGCGCGAUGUGUAGUCAUUCGUGGUAGCGCAGGGCUAUUGUGACACUUGGAUCGCUUUAGUAGGCUAACAUGUCGACAGUGUAGAACAUUGUCACAUAUAUCAAAAGUAUAUUUGAUAUAGGCUUCCUUCAUAAUAUAGUCAGAUAUCUUUUUUUGUUUGCUAUUAUUCGGAUACGGCAUUGAGCAACAAGUGGAGUUUGGCGUGGAGAGUUUGCGCUCCAGCCAAAAGUGUACCAGUUAUGGAAGAGCGAAUUGAUCAGAACAGCCGUGAUUCGACUGAGGGAGAGAGCGUGUCCCUCUCCCCGAAUCUACCAUCUCCUCCAAUUUUGCCCCACCAGGCAGCACAGCAGGUACAUAGAACCACAAACUUUUUUAUUGACAAUAUUCUGCGGCCAGACUUCGGCUGCAAGAAGGAGCUUGGGAGUCGGGAGCGGGCGCAGACCUCCGGCAGAGAAAACGUCAACCCCUUGGUAAUCAGGCCAUCUCACGCGAGCAGCCUUUGCCAGGAUUCCAACUGCAGUAGUGACAGUACUUCUUCGUCGUCGUCCUCGCCGUCUUCGAAACAGAGCUCGACAAAACAAGGUGAAGGGAAUGGGACUACCACAACGAGAUAUGGAGACACCGCGUCAAUAGUGGUUGUGAAUGCCAGUAAUGGAGGAUCUCCACCCGCUAAAGAAUCUACGCCGAUGUUAUGGCCUGCGUGGGUUUACUGCACGAGAUAUUCGGAUCGACCAUCAUCUGGCCCAAGGACACGGAAAUUGAAAAAGAAGAAAAAUGAGAAAGAAGACAAGCGACCCAGAACCGCGUUUACGGCUGAACAACUGCAGAGACUUAAGUCCGAGUUUCAGGCAAAUCGCUACAUAACAGAACAACGGAGACAGUCACUGGCCACAGAACUGAAUCUCAAUGAAUCCCAAAUAAAAAUUUGGUUUCAGAAUAAGAGGGCAAAAAUCAAAAAGGGGAAUGGCUACAAGAACGGCCUGGCUCUCCAACUCAUGGCCCAAGGACUGUACAACCAUUCCACAACCACGGUCCAAGAGGAGAAGGAUGAUAGCGAGUAAAUUCCCCCCUCGUGCAGGGCAAAAUAGACGCUGAACUGAAGCAGAGUGCUUGAACUCUUUUGUGAACUGAAAACGAAAGAGGUAAAUACGAUGUGACUGGGACAGAUGCUAUUUAAAACCGAUUUCUGUUUAUGAUACAGUAUAUGGACAUAAUUAUAUAAAAUAUGAACAUUAUUAAAGUUUAUAUAUAGCCAAAACAAUAUGACGUUGUAUAUAUUUAAUUUCAGGUAAGGUUAUGUCUGUAUCAAUCCCCUACUUGCUGGAGAUUUAAACUUUUCUUUUUCUUAUGAUGUUGUUGGCCAUUGUUUUAGUAUAAGUGUCUGACUCAUAGACUUUUUUUUGUGAUUUCUGUCGCCCCUCUCCCCAAUCUCUCACAAUUCUACAGACUGCGUUUCUGAACCGACGUGCCAAGCCAAAGAUUUUAAUAUGUUCAGAGAAUAUGUAGUCUGAAAUAAAUAAAAAAUGUAGAAUGUG